UCGCAUUAUUUCGUAACAUGGCGCGUCGGGUUAUACAUAGGAUUGUCAAUACCAUUAAUGAUUCGCGCGGUCGAUUUAGCAUUUAGCAAUAGAGUAUCACUUGAUCUAUUUGAGCAUGUAAUACAGUCAGAGAUGCUACACUUAUAUGCCGCAUGUAUUAUACCUAUAUUAUUCUUGUUAUUAUUUGGUAUAAAUAUGUAUAUCUGGUCAAGCUUCGGAAUAAAUUAUAAAUUUAUUUUUGAUUUCAAUCCAAGAAAAAAUUUGGAUUUUAAACAAUUUCUUGAGUUACGAGUCAUUGGAAGUGGAUUUUAUCACGUUGAAUUCAGAGAUUUCUUUAUCGCUGAUAUAUUAAAUAGUUUAACUUAUACGGCAACACUUUUAUUCUGCACACUUGGAGAUUGUCACGAAAAUUGGACAUGCAUUGUACCAUUAUUAUCAAGUUUACCGGCGUGGUGGAGAUUUGUUCAAUGCUGGAAGCGUUAUUUUGACACUUUGCAUAAAUUUCCACAUUUAGCUAACGCAGGAAAAUAUUUUUUAUCAAUGGCAACAAUAUGGAUAUUUUACUUAGAUAUUUCCACAUCACUUUCGAUAGGAAGUCAAAUAAUUUCUUCAACAUAUUCACUUAUAUGGGACCUAUUAAUGGAUUGGUCUUUAUUACAAUUAGAUAGUAAAAAUUAUUUAUUAAGAGAUAAUAUUAAUUUUAAAAGUUAUAUUUAUUAUUUUGCUAUCAUUUCUAAUGGUUUGCUAAGAUUCAGUUGGAUUUUAAAAUUCACUAUACCUCAUAAAUAUAAUAAACUCACAGUUUAUGCUAUUGGUUAUUUUGAAAUGUUGAGACGUUGGCAGUGGAGCUUACUUCGGAUAGAGAAUGAACAUGUAAAUAAUUGUGGACAAUUCCGUGCUGUCAAAGAGAUUCCGUUACCAUUUGAAAAGGAAGAAACCAUACGUGAAAAAACUGGUUUACAAAAAUUGCAAGAAAUUCUUAUUCCUGAAAACAAUCUUUUUCCAACAAUUUUAUUUCACGAUAAUUCAAAAUUUGAAGAUAUUAAUGAAGAAGAAACCAAUACUAAUUUAGCUGAAAGUACAAAGGAUGAUAUGUUGACUAUUAACCGACAAAGGGAAUUAUCUUUAAUUUCUUUAGAAGGUGGAUUGAAAAAGUAUCAACAAUAA